UAUUUUCUUUCUUCAGUCGCGGUCACACUGCCUAGCCAACAACAACCACAACUCGGUGCCGUUAGAGCUGCGUUUGUUUUCUGCUCCCAUUCAGCUGCAAAAAAAAGUGAAAAGCGUUCGGAAAACCAGCAGCAUGUGAAGCACAAAAACUUUAUGAAUUUAUAUCUCAGUAAUAAAGAAUAGCUCCCAACGAAAAGUGCGUACAAAUCGUGAGUGAAGGUGAAAAUAAAAUAAAAGAGCUCUGCAAUCGAAGAGAAACAUUGCUGCAGUUGUUGUGUGCGUGAGUGUGCGUAUGUGAGUGUCGCUCUCUGGACGCAAUUUCCUUGGCCAAAAGGAAGGGAAGUGGGGCAGGAGAAUCCCGAAUCCCCCGUAUCCGAAACCGAAUCCGGAGCAUCCGAAAUAGCGCAACGAGAUGGUGAAGGCGAUGACGACGAAGCCGCUGCUAACGAACAAGAUGAUGUAAAAGCCAUAUCGCCAUAUCCCCUUUCUCUUCUCUCCAAACGAAAGCGAAAUCCCAGCUGGGAAACUCUAACUACUAUAACCGAACCAGAAACCAAAACCCACGACAGCCGCUUUGGAUUUCGUUGGACUGAAAUCGAAACUGCAUUCUUUCGACUCAUAUUUAGUUUUUUUUUUUACUAUAAUACCGACACAUAUCGCGGACGGAAUCAAAAAUGAGAUUGCCGCGGUGCUUAUCGGCCAGUGGGAACCUACCGCUGCUCUUCCUCCUGGCCACCAUCGCUCUGGUUCUUGCCGAGCGGGACUUCAAUGUCAACGAUUCCCAGGUCCCUGUUAUAGAGCCAAAGGAUGUACCCGCCUACAAACAGGAUCCCUAUGUUACGGAGUUGAUGAGCUGCCAAAAUACUCAAAGCGAGAUUGUGCUUUCGCUUUUGCUGAAAAAACACGACUGGAGUGAGCUUACAGCCACAAAGCGAGCUCAUGUCCAAGCCAAGUUGGCCAAGUUCUUUGCCAUACCCAAGGAAUUCAUUUCCCUGGAUUCUGUGUCUAAGCGGGAACUGCGUUCCAUGCACAAAUUGGCAAUGAGAAAAGGAGGCAAGGGCAACAAGAACAUCGAGACCCUCAAUCGCCGAUUAGGACGGGCCAGUUUUAUGAUCGGCUGCGGUCCAAGCUACUUUGUGAUGGGUGAGCCGAUAGCCAAGCAGAUUGCCCACCAGAUGAAGGAUGGCACCAUUGGCGCUUUGACGGAGGAGAACUUUGGCCUUUGGUUCAUAUGGCGAAAGGAAUUGAAAUCAAGAUCCAACCGCAAGCGACGACAGUCAGAGGGUUCUGGUGCUGGUGACGACGAUUACGACUAUGGAGAGGAUGAUGAGGAAGUUUCUGAGCCCAGUACGGAAGUGCCGCCGGUGACCACACAUGCCCAUCGUCAUCAUCACGGAGCGUCGGAGGUGUCGAAAAAGAUAGAAUCGCUUGAUAUCGUCUCUCCGUCGGCUGUUCCCCUGGUUCCGAAUGUUGAAGAGGAAAUGGAGGAGAGUGUCUCUAAGCUGGAGUCCGUGAUCAGCAAGACCAUUGAGAACACGAAGAAUAUCAAGGAGUUGCCUGUUCUGGGCACAGAUGACGAUGGUGAAGAUGAGGAGGAAGUGGAGCUGCAACGUUUGGGAGUUCCUUUGGUGGUUGAGACUCAACCGGAGGAAACUACCAGCACCUCUGCGACCAGAGCCACGGAAACGGUAAAGCACGGUUAUUUGGAGGAAAACGGAAAUCAGGUGGAAUCCGGGCCAGUAGCUGCCAUCGAUGUAGAGGCAUCGGCCACGUCCACGCCUUCGGUGGCCGCCCCCGAAACACAGAAGCCAUUCUCACCCUAUGAUGCCACCUCUUCGGUGUCAUCGUCUUCGUCCGUCUCAUCCAUUGCAUCUGGCAACGAAGCUGGAGAAGAUUCAUCUUCGAUGUCGCCCCCUCAUCCGCCCCCAGUUGACUCCUCACCCACUGACAUGCCCACAGAACUAGACAGCAAUGGCCAAACUACUUCUGCUUCAUCAUCAUCCUCAGCAACUCCAUCCGCAUCAGCUUCAUCAUCAUCUUCAUCAUCAUCUCCAUCACAAGCCACUCAACCGACAACAACAACAACAUCAUCAUCAACAAGCACAACAGCAACAAUCUCAACAACAACAGCAACAUCAACAGCAACAACAACUACAACAACAACACUGUCUGAAUCGCCAAAGCAGCCAAAUACUAUGCUUAAUGAGCUCGAGCUGAGCACCUUGCUGCCCUUCGACGAUUUUGAGGGCACAACAACGCCAACUGGCAUUGUAAUUGCAAGCACAGCAGCUACAGCUACAGCUACAGCAACCGCAGCAGCAGCAGCAGAAGCAACCGCAACAGCAACAACUGCAACUGCAACAUCAGCAGGCGAAAGCGAAUUUCAUGUAGAGUCCACAACGCACCGCACGAUUAGCUCUAAGGAAGGAGAACCCGAUGCCAUCAGCAGCGGCAGCAACAACAAUAGUCUGGCCAAUAAUAAUGAGCUGUCGACGCCAGCCACGCCCACAUCUUCCCAGGCCACGACCACGCCAUCUACUCCGGAGUCGAGCAGCAGCAGCACCUUCGUCUCCACCGACUAUAUCGAGCCGGCUCAAGAGAAUAGUCCGCCCAUCAUUAAGACGCGCCUACAGAAGCUGGCAGUCACAUCGGGCAAGGCCUUUAACUUCCAUGUUCUCCCGGACACGUUUUAUGAUGCUGAGGAUCAGGGUAAUCUCCGUCUGGCACUCACCGAUAAGGAUGGUCACGAGUUGAAGGCCAACUCUUGGCUGCAGUUCAAUGCCGACAAGAGGGAGCUUUAUGGCCUACCUUUGGACGACACGGUGUCCCGUUGGCAAUACCGUCUGUCGGCCACGGAUUCGGGCAACGUAAGCGUCACGGAAACAGUCGAGAUUAGUGUGCAGCAGCAUCGGGCAGUGAGAACUAUUAACCAUGAGAUCAGCAUUGCUGUCCGGAUCAACGAGAAGCUUGGACACAACAUUGACUGGCAGCUGAAACUUAUCAAUGCAGUGGCCAGGACUUUAGAUGACUCCAGUAACUCGGCAGUGGUGGUGCGCGAAAUUCGUCAGACGCCGCAUGAUCCCCACAGCGCCACCUUUGUCUACUUCAACGAGACACUGCCUACCAGUGAGUGCCCCGAAAAGGAACUACACAACAUUGUUGGGCGAUUGGAUGCCCAGAGACUGAGCGAUUUGGUGCAGCCACUGUUGGGAAUCAAGUCUAUAUCCGGACAGCUGAUCGGAUCCUGCCAGAAGGAUCUCACCCAGGUGAAGCCCACGCAACACAUGGCCAAGAACGUGCCGCCAAUGCCACGAAAUCAGGUGGAUCGCGUGAACGCCAGCUUGGGACAGCUGCUGAUAUACAAAGUGCCGGCGGAUACCUUCUAUGAUGCCAACGACAAUCAACUAACUCUUACUUUGAAAACCAGGGACCACCUUGAACUGAACCCACGACACUGGCUGCAGUUCGACUCCAAGAACGAAGAGUUCUACGGCAUUCCGAAGAGUGGAGAUAUUGGUUCCGAGGAAUAUCUGCUGGUGGCCGAGGAUAGCGGUGGCUUGAGUGCCCAUGAUGCUCUGGUCGUUGUGGUCAGUCCUGCACCCAAACGUGACUUUGGGUACUUUUUCAAGGCCUAUCUGUCCAUCAAGCAUGAGAGAUUCAACGCCGAAUUGCAGCGAAAGUUUGUGGAGCGUGUAGCAAAGCUGAAUGGUGAUGCUAACACUAGUCAGAUCCAGAUCCGCUCUAUAACUACACACCAUGACUCCGAUGGUACCAUAGUGAACUUCUACAAUACGACGCUAUACAAGAAGCACAACAGCUGCCGGGAGAAGGAGGUGACCGCAACCAGGAGCAUCUACCUGAACGGUGAUCAUAGCUUGAGAGAGUCAGCCAAGCGGGCUUUGGGCCCCGAGCUAAACCUAACCAACUUUACGGUGGUGCCCUUUAGCAGUUGUCAUCAUACCGAGAACAUAGACACCAAUCAGCUUGAUUAUAUACCUAGUCGUCCCGAGGAACCUGCCCAUAAGUCCUCUUUCGGCGAGGAUUACAUGAUUACGUUCGUACUGCCAAUCGUGAUCAUUGUUGUAAUGCUUGUGAUUGCCUCAAUCAUUGCCUGUUGCCUUCACUGGUGUCGCCAUAGAAGCGGCAAAAUGGAGCUAGGCGAUGAAGAGGAGCGCAAAUCCUUCCGUGCCAAGGGUAUUCCCGUCAUCUUCCAGGACGAGUACGAGGAAAAACCAGAGAUUGGCAACAAGAGUCCUGUAAUCCUUAAGGACGAGAAGCCCCCUUUGCUGCCACCGUCCUACAAUACCUCAAAUAUGAAUGGUGACAACGAUGUGGAUGAUUAUGUGCCACCGCCAUCGGUGGUCGUAGGCGGUCGGGAGGUGCGAGGAAAGUCGCCAGCCACGCCAUCCUACCGCAAACCUCCGCCAUACGUGUCGCCAUAAAUCAGUGUCAAGAGCAGCAGCUAAGCAGCAACCCAGAAAGGAAGCAACAGCAACAAUAAUAACAAUCGCAUCGUAUUAACCACACAAUCUAUAUAGAUAUAUAUAUAUAUAUUUAACCGAUUUGGCA